AUGGCUCGUGGAGGUAACCGAGGAGGAGGACGUGGAGGCGGUCGUGGUCGUGGCCGCGGCGGAGGACGGGGACGUGGAGGAGGAGGUCGCGGUGGCGGGCGUGGAGGUCAUAACGCUCAGGCGCUGAGACAGUCGUACUGCCCCAGUGACCAGAAGAAUGCGCGUCUGGAGGCCUACUACAUCGACCAAGGCAUCCUGGACCCUUGCGAGUGGGCCACGUUCAUGGACUAUCUUCGCACCCCUCUGCCGACCACCUUCCGACUGACAGCCGGAAAGGAGACCACACCACAGCUUGUAAAAGCACUUCAGGAUAUCUACAUUCCUUUCCUGUCCAAUGUCACGUUUGACGGCGAAAAGGUAGACCCACCCAAGACGCUACCUUGGUAUCCUGACGGUCUCGGAUGGCACCUCAACACCAAGAAGAACGUCAUUCGAAAGUCGCCCGAGUUCAAGCGGUUCCACCAGUUCCUCGUCCACGAGACUGACGUUGGCUCGAUCAGUCGUCAGGAGGCUGUGUCGAUGCUGCCACCUCUCUUCCUCGAUGUACAGCCUCACCAUCUUGUUCUCGACAUGUGCGCCGCGCCUGGUUCCAAGACGGCUCAGCUGAUCGAGUCGCUCCACUCGCCCUUCACUUCAGGCCCUAGCGCCUACAAUCCGAUGCCGACCGGUCUUGUGAUUGCCAACGACUCUGACACCAAGCGUGCUCACAUGCUUGUGCACCAAUCGCAGCGACUCCCCUCUCCGAAUCUGUUGGUCACCAACCUGGAUGCUUCCAACUACCAGUCGAUCCAGGUGCCCUGGAAGGCGGCUGACGAGGGUGCUGAGGUGAUUCAGACUGCCAUGAAGUACGAUCGCAUUCUCGCCGACGUUCCAUGCUCUGGCGACGGCACCAUCCGAAAGAAUGUGCCAAUCUGGAAGGAGUGGACGCCCAACAACGCCGUCGGCCUCCACGCUCUUCAGCUCAAGAUUCUCAUGCGCGGUCUCAACCAGCUUCGCGAGGGCGGACGUCUCGUCUACUCGACGUGCUCCAUGAACCCGAUCGAGAACGAGGCGGUUGUUGCCGAGGCUCUGCGACGCUUCGAAGGCAAGGUGCGCAUCGUCGACUGCAGCUCCAAAUUGCCCGAGCUUGUGCGAAGAAACGGUCUCACCACCUGGAGAGCUGCGCCCGGUCGAGGCGCUCACCUGUUUGGCAAGUCGAAAUACGCCAAGCAGAAGGCUGCCAAGGCAACUGCCGGUACGGAUGGAGAGGCGGGGCUCGUCGAUGCCGACAUGAAGGAUGCAGACGGCCAAGUAGACGAGGCUGCUGCUGCCAUCGAUGCUGCGCCACAAGAGCCGGAAGCGGAAGCGGAAGUAGAAGCAGAAGCAGAAGCAGAAGCGCAAGCCGAGGCGGAGGCAGAGGCGGAGGCGACACAGCCCGAGAUUGGGUCCGCCGAGUACCGUGACCGCCUUCCCGAGAUUGCAUGGAUCAAUGACUGGGACCAGCUGAACGAGCUCGAUGCUGAUCUCGCCUCGCGCACUCCCAAGUCGCUCUGGCCGCAGGGCGAUGAGGAGGCGCUUGGCAUGCAGCACUGCAUGCGUCUGUACCCUCAUCUGCAAGACACUGGUGGCUUCUUUGUGGCGCUACUCGAAAAGGUCGGCAACCCUGACGACGAGGGUAUGGCUGCCGGUAUGAUCCGCGCCAUGGAACACCUUGAUGCGAUGCGACCCGAUGGUGAGUCGCUCACCAACGCGGUCAAGCGAGAGCUCUCGGCUGAAGUAGACGCCGACCAGCCUGCCGCCAAGAAGAUGAAGGAGGACGACGGAUCUGCGGUCGCGGCUGAAACUGAGGCUGAGCCCAUCCAAGUUGACCAAGCAGCUGAAGACACGAACGUCAAGGAGGACAAGCAUGCGGCUGAUCGCGCACGCAAAGCUUCUCAGCAGAAAGCUGUCUCUGAAGGUCACGGCAUUCCUGGUGGACUUCCCUACAAGGAAGAUCCGUUUGCCUAUAUCCCACCAUCCAACGAGCAGGUUCAAGCCUGCAAAAAGUUUUUCGAUCUCAAAGACACGUUUCCUCUGCGCAACCUGCUCGUGCGAAACGAAGAUCACCAACCUUUGCGAUCGGUCUACCUCACUUCUACCACGGCUCGUGCCGUGAUUACCGGCGGUGGUCCCGGUCGCGGUAACCACCCACACAUGAAUCCGAUCUCGCUGCGCCUGAUCAACUGUGGCAUCAAGAGUCUCGGUCGACAGGACGCUGGCCGCGACGGCACGCUCGAGUGCAAAUGGAGGAUCAUCUCGGAUGCUAUCCUGUCCGUUCGACCUCACAUGGGCGAACGAACUGUGCUGAAAGCCGAGCUGAAAGAUCUCGCCUUCCUCAUCGCUCACCACUAUCCGAUCCUGGACAAUGUGCCUGGAGAGUUUGGCGAGCUGCUCAAGAGCAAGAAAAUGGGAAGCUACGUGGUUGAUGUGCUUCCCUCGGAACACGAAGGUAGGAAACUCGAUUACAAAUUGAGCUUUCCCAUCUGGAGAGCGGUCAACAGUGUCAACCUGAUGCUGGACAAGCAAGAGAAGAGCGCGUUGUCGUUCCGAAUCUUUGACACGGACUUGUCGAGCGUCGACGGCGCAAGACAAUUUUCAUCUCAACCAUCCAAGAAAGCCAAGGCGGUAAAGCCGGCUGAGUCGCAACUGUCGGAUCAAGAAGACGCUGCACGAGCCGCCAUGUCUUGCUCGAACCAAGGUGCUCUGGCUGCAGUUGGAGCUGCCACACCAGCGCCGGUCGAGCUGGCUGCGUAUCAGUGCGAGUACAUCCAGCUGGCGCUCGAUUCGGCAAUUCUCAAAUUCGAUGGACCGUACACGUUGAAAUCGGGUCGAUCUAGUCCGUACUUUUUCAAUGCUGGCUUGUUCAACACGGGUGGCAAGGUGGCCAAGGUGGCCGAGUGUUAUGCCAAGCGAAUUGUCGAGUCGGGCGUGCAGUUUGACGUGUUGUUUGGUCCUGCGUACAAGGGGAUUCCGUUGGCGGCGGCCACUUCGAUGGCGCUUCAGCUGAACCAUGGGAUUGAUGUGGGAUUCUGUUUCAAUCGCAAGGAAGCCAAGACGCAUGGUGAAGGUGGUUCGCUCGUCGGCGCCGAGCUGAAAGGCCGAGUUCUGAUUCUCGACGACGUCAUUACCGCAGGUACAGCGAUCAACGAGGCCAUGGACAUCCUCGCUUCUCAUCCUCAAGCGUCUCUUGCCGGCGUAGUCAUCGCUCUCGACCGCCAAGAAAAAUCCGCCACCAACGGCAUCCCCGGCACAACCUCGGCCAUCACCCAGGUCGAACUUCGCUACAACACAAAAGUCUACUCCGUAGUCACUCUCGACCAAAUCAUCCACUUCAUGCAAACUGAUCAGCCCAAAUACGCCGACAAAAUCGCAAAGAUGAUCGAAUACAGAAUCCAGUACGGCACCAGCGACGUCGCCAAGGCUCAAGCUGCCGCCGCUACUAACAAGGCUUGA